UGGUGCCUGACUGGUGUGGGUGCUCUUUCAGACUUCCAGAACCUUCUUGUCUGCUGAACAGGGUAUGAGAACCAGCAGAAAUAGCAAGCCCUAAGGGAAGAACCGGAAAUCACCACAGUGGCUUCUCACCAGCAGACCGAAGCCACAGAGAAAGUGAUCUCCUUGGAAUGGAGCCAUUGGCAACGACCUUGUGUCCUCUGGAAUCCACGCAAUCCACCAGAAACGAAACCCUGAAUGAAACCACCUGGUCUUCAGAGCAUGUACAUGAACACACUUAUUUCUUAAUCUCCCUGGUCAUUUGUUCGCUGGGACUGGCUGGGAAUGGCCUUUUGAUAUGGUUCCUAAUCUUCUGUAUCAAGAGGAAGCCAUUCACCAUCUACAUCCUACAUCUUGCCAUUGCCGACUUCAUGGUCCUCCUCUGUUCGUCCAUCAUGAUGCUAGUGAACACUUUCCACAUCUACGAUCCGACCUUAGUGAGCUAUGCCAUCCUCUUCAUGAUCUUUGGCUACAACACGGGCCUGCACCUCCUCACGGCCAUCAGCGUGGAGCGGUGCCUCUCAGUGCUUUACCCAAUCUGGUACCAGUGCCAACGUCCAAAACACCAGUCCGCUGUGGCAUGUACGCUGCUGUGGGCCCUCUCUGUUCUUGUGUCUGGUUUGGAAAACUUCUUCUGCAUUCUGGAAGUGAAGCCCCAGUUCCCAGAAUGCCGAUACGUGUACAUAUUCUCCUGUAUCUUGACUUUCCUGGUCUUCGUUCCUCUCAUGGUCUUCUCUAACUUGAUCCUCUUCAUCCAAAUCUGCUGUAACCUGAAGCCACGUCAACCGGCCAAACUCUAUGUGAUCAUCACCACCACAGUCAUCCUGUUUCUCGUCCUUGCCAUGCCCAUGAAGGUGUUGCUUAUCAUCGGCUACUAUUCCAAUUCUAGUGAUGAUUCUGUAUGGGACUCCCUCCCCUACCUGAACAUGCUGUCUACUAUAAACUGCAGCAUAAACCCAAUUGUCUACUUUGUGGUAGGCAGUCUGAGGAGGAAGAGGAGUAGGAAGUCCCUAAAAGAAGCGCUGCAGAAAGUCUUCGAGGAAAAGCCAGUGGUGGCCUCGAGGGAGAAUGUGACACAGUUCUCCCUGCCUUCAGGACCUUCAGCUAGGACAUCCCCAAGGAAGGAUGCCUGAUGUUAUCCCCUAUGGGAACAUAACCCUAUUAUGAAACCACUUCUCUAUGUUCCCACCUGGUGGCUCGCUAAGAUUAAAGUUCUUCAUUCCUCCUGGAAAUAAAUGACAAUAAGGCACGCUGUGCACAUGACAUGCUUGGCCACUGAGAACUUGAUAGGAGCUAGUACUUUUUCCAGUCCUGGGGAUUGGAUCUUGAACCUCAUACGUGCUAGGCUAGGACUCGAGCUUAGAGACCUGGCACUGGCUUGAUCCUGUCUUCCCAGCACUAAGCUCUAUGUGUCCCAAACACUAUGGCACUUCAUCUUCCUGUCAAUCUUAUGAGCCACUGUUGUUAUCCUACUGUCACAGGUAAAGGUAAGAGGUUAGAAAGGUUAUAGGAUAUGUGUGAUGCUGAGCCAGACUGUGACUUAAGGAGUCAGCCCUUCAAAUCCAUCCUUGAGACCAUAAUACUCAGGGCAGGAUUUAAGAGGUACUAUAAACUGUGGAUACGGUUGUUAUCAAUACUUCUCAAGUUCCUUUCCAUUGGCCUCCUCUAUCCUGUGCUUUGGAUGCACCAGAGGGAAACAUAUUAGUCCCUAUAAGGGACAUCCAAGCUAUCUUGGAUACCUUCAUUAUCUGCACCUUGAGAACUCAUCAUGGGAGCAGUUGAGAGAGGGAUGGGACAUCCCAUGAGUCCUUUAAAGAUGUCAUCCUAUAAGAAUUAGUGGGCUUCCCGCACUUGGGAGGCAGAGGCAGACAGAUUUCUGAGUUUGAGGCUGCCUAGUCUACAGAGUGAGUUCCAGCACAGGGACAGCCAGGGCUACACAGAG